UUUAUUUCUCUUCUCUUACUCUCCAGAACCAGUACAUAGACAAUGAUGCAUAUAUAUCCCACAAUGUCCAAAAUAUCAAUAGGAAGGAACUCCUACAGAGCAGAGGAGAAACAGAACACUAGAGCCACCACUCCGUCCUUUUAUCAUCAUCUUAAACCAUGUCUCUCCUUUCCUUCAAGCUUAUACUCCCCCGAACUCCUCGUCGCUAUAUCAUCAUUGCCAUCGCCGGAGAGGUACAUCACCACCAUCAACUACUUUCAUCGUCGCUCACUUUCUCUACUUCUCUCAAUCUAGCUUUGACGACAUAGAUACGGGCUGAUCGAACGGCAACCUAAGCAAGGAGCAUAAGCUCUACUGACUUGAAUCUCGGCCUGGGUACACCUACAAGGAAUCAUAGAGGCACAUAAGCACGCAUAUGGAUUUGACGGUCAUCAAUGGCUCCAGAGGACUCCAGAAGCAAGAAGUUAAGUUCAUCGUUUUAGUGGAACGAGAGACUUGAUGUGAUUUUACGAUGAAAAUUUAUUAAGACAAAGAUGUUCCAAACCAUGUUGAUUUUUAUGUCUAUUGUUUUCUUUAGUAUGACGCUUCCGCUAC